UAUUACUUCUCUUUUUACCAGCUGGUCCUGUGUGGUGAAAUUUUGAGGUGGAAAAGCAAACAAACCCAUACAUUGUACAGAGCUCUCUGUAGCUAGAUGCUAAUAAAGUAAGGUGUUCUCUGCUAAUAGAAUAUUAGAACUAAUUGCUAUGUUAAAUGUACUUGCAGAUAACAAAAAUAUUGGUUUAUGAAUAAUUGAGUAUGAUUGUUGAAAUGAAGAUUUUAAACUGAAAAGCUAGUUCUUGGUUACAAAGGAAUAUGUUUUCAACUAGAUAUAGUGUUGAUAUUUACUCCAGUGCUGAAUUUUCUAAAUAGACAGACUACUGUGGCUAGGUCCAAGUUUGAGGAAACAUUCCAGGCACAGACUGAAAAAGCACUCUGCUACCAACAGCACAUGGGAUUCCGGGGGGCAGAUAGCUGAAGUCAAUGGAGAUAUGACAACUUGCAUCAGCUGAGGAUCUGCUCCCAAGAAUAAAUGAGACUAUCAGAGCACCCCAGUUUGUGAACCUCAGUGGAGGCUGAACAAUCCCUUUUACUACACCCUCAAGCCUUCGCCUAGUCCACUAGCAUCACUUGAACUUCAGCCACCUUGUUAUAAUCCAAGUUGCAGUUUCUGAUGUGCACUGAUGAACCACACACACUCUGCUCUCUGGUUGCAUCAUUCUACUGAAGUGGAUGACUUGGGCUGUUAUCACAGUUGUAUAGUUCAACACCAUUUCGGAUGAAUGCGCUUUAAACAAAAUCUAGAAUCUUCCUACCUGGAACACCUUUCUAACUUGUAAAGUUGGGAGAGGAGAGGAAUUCAGGAAAGGAAAUUUCAGCCUGCAAGUUUUUGACCAUAUGAAAAUAAGGUUCAUGUUGGGGAGAGGCCUAAAACGCAAGCUGAGUGACUAUGAGGAGAACAUGGCUGGUCUCUCAAGUGCCUUUGAUUCCAGUCGAAAUCUGCCAUAUCCACUUAAGAGGCAGUUAGUGCUGAAUAUGUGCCUCACUAAACUACAAACUUACAAAAUGCUGGUGGAACCAAACUUGCACCGUUCUGUGCUCAUAGCCAACACAGUAAGGCAAAUUCAGGAGGAAAUGAGACAAGAGAGCCAGCAGCCAAUUAAUGUAUGUAAUGGCAUUGCUCCCAAUCCUCCCAGCUACCCAGGAAUUGAUUCAUCUGGAAUUUCUUUACAUUUGCCUUCAGGUAGCAGCCAGCAAGAGUCUAACGGUUGUAACUCGUGGUCUGCAGAAGGCCCAAUUGAAAAUAGCCUGCUGAUGGUUUCAGAUGAUGACAUGUCAUCUGCCAUUUCAUCUAUUCUGAAGGAUUUGGACUUCAUGGAAGAUAUAAGUCCACCUACUUCUUUGGUUCCAGCUGGAGAUGAUGAGCCGCCGAAGUCUCCAGAAAACACAUGUCUAAAACUAGAAGAUGAUAGACAAGAUUUGAAGGGAGCUGAAUGUGUUUUUGGUUCCUUUGAAAUUUCAAAUUCAACCAGUUACUUAAAAGAUUUGGCUAUAGAUGACAUCUUUGAAGAUAUUGACACUUCAAUGUAUGAUUCAGACUUCUGCUCUCCCCCACUAAUGGCACCUAGACCACCUUCUGCUGCUACAGAAGAAACAUUGAAAACCUUCCCAUCUUGCAAUUCUUCCUCAACAAACAAUAUUCCGAUAUGUAGAACAGAUCUGAGUGAGUUGGACCAUAUCAUGGAAAUUCUUGUUGGAUCUUGAUAUUUAUUUUUUAACCAAAGAUGCUUUCUGUGCUGCCACUUAUCAUUGGUUUGAGGAUAAAGCCACUGGGAAAGCUGCAAGGAAUUUCUUUUAAAACAAAACACAGUUGUCCAUGAGUAGUUCUUAAAAUGUCUGUUAUAAAUCAAAAAAAUGGCAGUUUUUUAAAUGAAAUUAUUUAUUUGACAAAUUGUGCAAUCAUCUUUUUCCUUCUGGGGGUGCGUGUGUGUAUUGACAUAAAAACAUAUGCACGUAUCCUUACCCGCCACCCCUCCCCCCUUUGAAUAAAUGUUUAUGUGCAAUUUUUAAUUUGUCAGAAGAAUUUACAUACAAAAUGAAUUUCAAAUGGGAAUCUCUGAUGAAGCCUAGAUUUUAUUUUUAAUAUUAAAAUACAUGCCAAGUUGGCAUACAUUGGAGUUGCAUAUUUGGAUUGUGCAAAUCCAUCAGCAUUACUAGAGAUAUAGAUAUAUUUUAAAAAUAUUAAAACAAAUGUCACUUCCCUUUGGUCGGAAAAGCAGACUCAAGACACUUGUCAGUGAAGUACCUUGCAUUUUCUAAAGCAUUCAGAACUAUUUAUUUUUGUAAAUUUUAUAGUCUUUCUACAUUUUACUACAUUAUUUCAUCAUAAUACAAAUAUAAUGUAUUUCUAGCUGGAUGUGGCUAGUACUACCUCUAUAAGCUGAAAUGCUUUGACUCUUUCCAGUGCUUUGUCUAAGAAUGCAAGUUUUGUUUCUCCAUUGUAUUUUUCUGGUGGGGGGGGAAAAACAU